GUCACUUCCCGGCGCUGGCCCCGCACGCGGGAGCUGCCGCGGCGCUCUCAGGCCGGGACCGAUCGGCCGGGGCUCCGCGGGCUCCCCGCGCUGAGGGAGCCGCGGCCGUCAUGGCCAGCCUGGCCGCCCAGGACUCCUACCUGCAGGGCUUAGCGAGGAAGGUGUGCGCGCAGCAGGAGCCGCGGAAGAGGAAAUUUGUGUCUAAACCAGGUCACCCCGAGGAUGCUGGCAGACAGCCCAAGAAAAAGAAGAGAAAGAAACCCAGGAAGGAACCUGAGAAGAAAAGUGCUCCUUCAGUUAAGCAGGCAACAUCUAAUACCAAUAAGCCUACUUCAGGACAGGCAGCAGCCCCCCAAGGCAGCAAAUCAUCUCCACAGGCUGUUAAACAGAACAGAAAGGAGAGUUCUGUUACAGAGAACAAAAAUGAACUGGGUUCCUCUUCUUUUUCUGCAAUGAAUCUCUUGCGUCAGAGACUACAUGAGAAGAUUAAAAAAGCUUCUGGACAAGAUGACACCAAAGAAAUAUCCCCUGCAGUCCUGGAGAAGAGGCAGCGUAGGAAGUAUGAGAGAGAGAGGAAGAAGCGCCGGAGGAAGGAGUUGAAGAUGAAGGCAAAAAUGGUGAAGGAGGAAACUGAGGAAGUACCAGUAGAGCCAGAAAGCAAAAAGGAGGAGAGCACAGAUGAGGUUGUCUUUAACAGGGUUGAAGUCCAUGAAGAGAAUGAGUUGAACAAAGUCCAGAAAAAGAAAGAGAAGAGGAAAGCAGUGAAAGGCAAUAUCACUCCUCUGACAGGCAAAAACUACAAGCAGCUGCUGACCAGGCUGGAGACCAGGAAGAAUAAGCUGGAAGAACUCAAGGAUAAGGACCAGAAGAAAGCUCAGGAGCUAGAGAAUAAGAUGAAAUGGACAAAUGCUCUCUAUAAGGCAGAAGGUGUGAAGAUUCGUGACAACGAGGACCGUCUGAAAGAGGCUCUGAAGCGUAAGGAGAAGCGCAAAGCCCAGCGCCAGAGGCAGUGGGAGCAGCGGACGGAAAAGGUGGUGGAAAAGAUGCAGCAGCGUCAGGAAAAACGUCGCAAGAACAUCCAGAAGAAGAAGAAGGAUCGGAUAGAGAAGAAGAAAGCCAGAGCCCGCAAGAAAGGCCGGGUUCUGCCAGAGGACUUGAAAAAAGCUGGUUUUAAGUGAGACCGUAGUGCUGUGUCCUUGCAGCCUGGAUGGGACUCCAAUGCAAUGGGGCCAGCCGUCACUGCAGAGGAGCCCAGCCUCAGGGGCAGGUGCUUCUCAACGUGACAACUGAAAAACCCCCAACCCUGUUGUAUACGUGUGAAUUAAACGUGCUACCCCCAGGAA